CGCCGAGACCCCGCCGCCGCCGCCGCCGCCCGGCCCCAGGAAGAGAAGUUAAACUUCUAGAGAAACCUAAUGGACAAUCUUCACAACAGAUGAUAACAAAAAAUAAUCCAGAUGGGGUGCAGGUGCUGUAAAAUGAUACAAAGCUAUCUCUUCGACCCAGUUCAAGUGCCCUCCCCGGGCUAUGUCAACGAAGUGAGCAGCUGCAAGCUGGAUGAAGAGGACCCUGUUAAAUUAAAAGGCAAACAGAGCGGCGAGGUCCUGGUGCAUACACAUGACCUUCAGAGGGAGGGCCUGAGGAGGACGGGGAGCAGAAGCAGGAGAGCUGGGCCGCAGGAGCCCUGCUGGCCUCCCCAGGGGCCGCACCCUCCAGGGGACACGGGAGGGGGGCCCUGUGCGGAGAAGACUGGUGGUGCCGUCAAUGGCAUUGGGCCCGCUGGGGACCCUGGGCCCCCCCAGGGUGGCACGGGCUCCUGGGCCAGUACCGCCAACAGCGUGCCCCCAGCUCACCCCUUCCUCGAAAGAGGGGACGCCAGGGAAACGGACCGUGCGCUGCCGGCCUCGGGAGAGACCCGAGUCAUCGGGAAUGGAGACUCCAGAGUUUCUUCGGAGGCUGAGUGUCCUGCCGUGGACGUCCCGGACCAUGUCCCCCAGAUACCAGCCCCGGACUACCCUCCACACCGGGGCUCGGCUGGAGACCACGUGGAUCACGGAGAGAAAGGGGAGGUUUUCCAGGGCCAUCCCGAGGAGGAGCACCGGGAGGAGGAAGCGCGCCCAGGCGCGCGGGAGCCGGGGUUGGACCUGCCCUGCUCCUUCCCGGGGAAGAGAAGCUGGGAUUCCGUAAACGGGGCCGUGGCCGCAGAGGUCCUGAGCGUCCACCUGAAAGAAGAGGACCCCGCCCCGGCCGCGCCGGUGGCCGAUUGGAGAAACGGGUGGGAGGACGCCCGCGGCAUCCCCGGAGACGCGAGUGGGGAGGCGGAGGAGGAAGACGCGGAGGUGGCGGAGGCCCUGGCGGCCCUGGCAGCGGCCACGGCGGGAGAAGACGUGGACGACGUGGAUUAGGGGCGGGGAUUUGCGCGUGCA